GCAUGGAGCACAUCUGCAUAACAUCCGAACUCAAUGCGCCAAGGGGUACCAUCUGCAAUAGUCCAUUGCAGACGGGAAUUGUUUGCACUGCAUAGCCUUAUUGACAACAGAGAGUUGACUUUUUCGCAUGAAGAUGGAGCUCAGAAACUGCAUUGGCCAAUACCAGCAGAUACGUACUCCCAAGCCAAGACAAAACCAUUUUCGUACUAUCGAUUGCUGUUAAACUAUUUAAUCCUCGUAUUCAGAGGGGACGCGUAUCCUCAGCUUGCUUUCCGUUUUUCUACUCCUCAUUGUAAAGCCCGUUUCCAAUGCCUAUGUUGCCCAAUCCUGCCGAGAAAUACUUACCGUAUCUUGCGGUCAAAUUUCCCCCCGAUUAUGCUCGCCAAUGGCCAACCAGAAGAACCACCAUCUCUCCAACAUGGCUCUCAACAGAUUUACGUGACGGGAACCAAGCAUUGGUCAAUCCUAUGACCAAUAAGACGAAACUCGAACUCUUCCGAUUGCUGGUCGAUAUAGGCUUCAAAGAGAUCGAAGUCGCAUACCCAUCUGCUGCAGACCUAGAGUAUCAAUUCGUCAGAUCUCUUAUCGAAAAUGCCGAAAUCCCGAACGACGUUGCUAUUCAAAUCAUCACUCCCGCUCGCUCGGAUCUGAUAAUGAAGUCUAUCUCAUCCUUAUCUGGCGCAAAGCAUGCGAUCAUUCACCUCUACAAUGCAGUGUCUCCCGUCUUCCGCGAAGUCGUAUUCAGGAACACCAAAGAACAGACAAUCGAGUUAACCUUAAACGCUGUUCGUUUGGUCAGACGGUUGACUGAAGAGGAGACCGCUCGUUCUGGCACACGGUUCACGCUGAAUUAUUGUUUCGAGACGUUUUCCCAGACCGAACCCGAAUUUACCAUUGAACUCGGCAAUAGAGUUCUGGAGGAAUGGGGGAAAGCUAGCCCGGAAGAUAAGGUUAUUUUUAACUUGGCCGCUACAGUCGAGUGCGCACCAAGCAAUCAUUACGCCGAUAUGGUCGAGUACUUUUCCAACCACAUCAAUCAACGAGACAGCGUUAUUCUCAGCAUCCAUCCUCAUAAUGAUAGAGGAACCGCUGUUGCUGCAACAGAACUAGGUCUUCUCGCCGGGGGCACCCGCGUUGAAGGCUGCCUUCUUGGGAAUGGCGAGCGUACCGGAAACGUAGACUUAAUCUCCCUCGCUUUGAACCUCUACUCUCAAGGCAUCGCUCCUCGCCUCGACUUCUCUAACCUCCCAAAAAUCGUCGAGACUGUCUGUCGUUGCAACGAGAUGGCUGUCCCCGUUCGUUACCCCUACGCCGGGAACCUCGUAUUCUCCGCUUUCGCUGGGACGCACCAAGACGCCAUUAAAAAAGGUCUUGACUUUCAAGCGAAGCGAUGGACAGAGGUCGAUCGUACUGGGACGGGUAUCAAGUUCUGGGCUAUGCCGUAUAUCCCCCUAGAUCCUAAGGACAUCGGGUAUGGCUACGAGAACCUUAUCAGGGUCAGCAGCCAGAGUGGAAAAGCCGGAACUGCCUACGUUAUCAAACAGAAGUUGCAGCUCGACCUACCUCGUCGGAUGCAAGUAUCGUUUUACGGUGUCGUCCAGAAGGAAAGUGAACGCACUGGGAAAGAAAUGACGGCUACCCUGAUUACAGACGCCUUCAAACGAACAUACUCUAUCCAUCAUCGACCUAUUAAUCGACUUCACCUUCAGUCCUACCGUCUCUUGCCAUUAUCGCCAUCGUCCAAGGAGCCGUCCUCGCCUGUAUCAGACUAUUCCGAUAACCUCUUCACCUUAUCUUCCGCUGCAGACGACGAGUCCCACUUUAGGUUCGAAGGCCACAUCGUCAUCGACGGUACUUUGCGUACUAUUCAGGGCGACGGCAGCAAUACCGUCCAGGCAGUCCUGAACGCCAUGCACGCGUACCUCGACUUGGAACUCACUACGGGUGAGUACGCUGCACAGACGAUCGACACCGACAACGACUCCAAAGCAGCGACAUUCCUCGAGCUGCGUGGACCAGACGGCGAAGGUGCAUGGGGGGUUGGGAUUUCUGGCGAUGUGACGACCUCCAAAUACCGUGCCGUCAUCAGCGCCGCCAACGGACUUAUUGGCGAUCGAACCAUCCCCCGAAAGAUGAUAUUCACUCCUCGACCUCUCCCCGCUCAGAGUCAGCUAUCAGACAACUGGCUUCUAGACGUCAAACUGAGGACAGGGCAUGCCCUCUUGCCUACACCUGAGCAGGAGAGGGCAGAGUUUAUUAAGAGAGAGACAUCGGUUUGAGGGGCCUGAGGUAGAAGGGUAUCCUUAGACUUUUCUGGGAGUAUCUAUCAGAAGCGAUAUCUUGUAUUUUAUGUAUGUAUAUCAUGUAACAGGUAUAAAUUUUUUUACUCGCAAGCAUAUCAAAGUGGU